AUGGCUCCGUCCAAAGUUGAGACAGCAUCUCAGCCAGGCAUCACCUCCAAGGUCGAUGUACCUGAGGGCCUGAAGCUCAUACCCCAAGAAAAAUUGGACCUUCGUUCAGAUGAAGAGAUUGCCGCAUGGCUCCAAAUUCGACAUCCUGUCAAGUCGGACAAGAAUGUUUGGGCAUUCUGGCAUUCGGGCUAUAGCAACAUGGCUCCUUGGGUCCAGCGCAAUGUAAUCAACUGGGUCCGCCGUCUCGGUCCAGAAUGGACAGUGCACCUUCUCGAUCGUGUGCCCAAUUCCGAGACCAACAUCUAUCAUUUUGUCGAGGAAUCAUUUUUUCCCGAUGCUUUUAAUAACAAUACCAUGGAUGGGCCUCACGUCGGCCCUCAUCAAGGAGAUCUCAUCCGGCUUCCUUUACUCUGGAAGUAUGGUGGGGUUUGGAUGGAUGCCGGGUCUUUCUUGUUUCGACACAUAGACGACAUAUGUUGGAAGGAAAUUGAAGACCCCAAUUCACCUUAUGAGAUGGCCGGUUUCGUUAUCGAGAUCCGACCAGAUGUUUUAACCAUGCUAAACGGGUUUAUCGCCGCAAAACGCAACAAUCCCUUCAUUAAACGCUGGCACGAGAUAUAUGUGGCACUUUGGGAAGGGAAGACCAACUCUGAAGGCUUUCAUAAGUCUCCUCUCCUCAAGCAUCUGCCUCUUCUCUGCCCGCCCGUUGACAAGAUGAAUUGUCCAGAUCUUGGGGUGAUGAUGGAGGGUUUCAGUGAUUAUCUUUCCCACUUCAUGGCGUUUGAGCGGCUGAGGAAGCUCAUUGAUCCCUCUGAUGGAUUCAAUGGGCCUGAAUACUACCAAAAGCACAUGUUCCUCGCUCCCGCUCUUCAAGAGACGUUCUAUUUCCAGCAAGUCACAGGCUGGUCUGGCACACGCCAAUUUGAGCUCCUUACAAAGCAGCGCACAGGUGAAGGUGUUGUCAAGGAUGAGACUUGGCAAGCCGCAGAAGAUUUCGUCAAAGAUGCACUUGCCAAUACAUCUACAAUGAAACUUUCACACGGUCCUCCAGGAGCGCUGGAUUCGUUUCUGGCAGACCUUUGGGACUCCAAAGAGCACCAGGAAAAGGAUAACAUCAAAGGUACAUUUGCGGCCUAUCUGAGAUACGGAAGUGUGCAUUUUGAUCAGACGCGCAAGUUGAAGCCCCUGGUUUUUGAUAUCACGAAUGAGGAGGUACUCCACGUUGGAGUUUUGGAACCGAAAAAGGAUUAG